AUGGAGGGUUACUUAAAAGCGACAGUGAUCGUCUUAGGACCUGGAGAUAAAACACCGCCUUUGUCAAAGCUCGCCGGAGAAGACGAUUCUGAUGACAUUGAGGCCAAUCUUCUCAGACCUACCGGAGUCGAUCUUCAAGAUGCAGUUUUUACUUUCAAAGUUUAUCGAGCUGAGGAUCUUCCUCAGAUGGAUACAGCAGUGAUGCAGGGUGUCAAGAAAUUUUUCAACAUGCACCAGGACGAUGAAAAAUUCGUGGACCCCUACGUUCUAUUUCAGUUUUGUGGAAAAGAGUUUCCUUCGAUGUGUCAAAGAGUGAAAAUCCAGCUGUACGACUGGGAUCGUCUAAAUGAUGAUGAUUGUAUUGGAACUACUUUUCUUUCUCUUCCCUCGAUGUCUGGUCAAGGAGAAGAAGGAUUUCUUCCGACGUUUGGUCCUUGCUGGUUGAAUUUUUAUGGUUCCCCGAGGGAGUUUUCUGAGCUUCCAGAUGAGUAUGAAGAUCUAAAUGGUGGAAAGGGGGAGGGAGUGGCGUAUAGAGGACGAUUACUGGUGGAGUUGGAGAGCAAGUUGGGUGAAGAGAUUGACAAGGAACUGGAAGUUAUGAAAGGACCGGAACUUAUUCGAGUGCAGCCAUUUCUGAGCCGCAGCAAAUACAAGUUGUUCGCUUGUUUUUAUGAAGCUUCUAUGGUGUUUGAUGUAGACGGGCCUAUUGAAUUUGAAGUCAGCAUCGGUAACUAUGGGAACAUGAUGGAUGAGUCAGUGGCACCUUCCAACACGCCCCCUUGUAAUGCAGUGUAUGAUGGGACCAACUAUUACUAUCUUCCUUGGAGCAGUGAAAAGCCUUGUGUGUGCGUGGAAAGCUAUUGGGAGAACAUUUCCUUUAGACUGGAACCCUUAAAUGCCCUACUGAGGAUUAUCGAUCGCGUGGUAAGGCCAACUGCUGCUUUAAACGCCUCUGUGUGA